AAAAAAACAACACAGAAACGCAAGCGUGGACACGCAUCCGGAGAGCAGGCAUCUGCGGUGCGGGUUCUCUCCUCCUCUGGACGAAUAAUAAUAACAAUCUAUUUGAAAUCUAUUUUAAACCAUUUGCACUCAUUAUUUUUUUUUUUUUUGCCUUUUGUUAUAUCUUUGGAUUUGCAGAAAGACGUGUGACUCUGAGUCAGUGACUUGCCUCAUUAUUUGCUUAAUUGGUGCGUUUUAUUGCUUUAAUUCCCGGAAAUAGCGAAAUGGAGAGGAGGAAUUUGCCUGCAGACAGAAAUGUGUUGUGUUUGUUUGAUGUGGAUGGAACACUGACUGCACCGAGAGAGAAGAUCGACCCUCAACUGGAUGCAUUUUUUCAGUCGCUGCGUGCUAAAGUGAAGAUCGGAGUAGUGGGCGGGUCUGACUACUCCAAAAUCGCAGAGCAGCUCGGAGAAGGAGACGACGUUAUACACAAGUUUGACUACGUGUUUGCUGAAAACGGCACAGUGCAAUACAAAGAUGGCCGACUGCUGUCCAAACAGGCGAUUCAGAACCAGCUCGGUGAAGAGCUGCUGCAGGAUCUGAUUAACUUCUGUCUCAGAUACAUGGGUCUGAUCAAACUCCCUAAGAAACGAGGCACCUUCAUCGAGUUUCGUAAUGGCAUGCUGAACAUCUCGCCUAUCGGACGGAGCUGCACGCUGGAGGAGCGAAUCGAAUUUGCAGAAUUCGAUAAGAAAGAGAAGAUAAGGGAGAAGUUUGUUGCUGCUCUGCAGAAGGAGUUUGCAGGGAAAGGGCUCCGGUUCACCCGAGGGGGACUGAUCAGUUUUGACAUAUUCCCUGAGGGCUGGGAUAAGCGUUUGUGUCUGGAUGUUCUGGAGCAAGAGGGACUCCACGCCAUCUACUUCUUUGGAAACGAAACUUCACUGGGUGGGAACGAUUAUGAGAUCUUCGAGGAUCCCCGUACCAUCGGGUUCACCGUGUACUCUCCUAAGGAUACAGCGAGGCUCUGCCAAGAGCUGUUCUUGAACACACCGCCCAAUGAAGCUUGAUAUACAUACACACACACACUCUCUCUUUCUCUCUCAUGGCCUGACCGUGUGUCACUACCCCCUCUGCUGUUCAGGCUGGGUACUGCAGUGAGCACAGGGCCGUGUGGUGUUUAACUGGACCACAGACUCUUGAUGAUUUGGGUGAAAGCACCUACAGGUACUACUGAUAACUCAUUAACUCAUGAAAGUGUAGCUGAGUGGACUGUUUAAUAAUUGUGCAAUGUGCCAGACGACAGAGCGUCCUAACCGUCAUCUUCUGACUGAUCAAACCUGACCGGACUCGUUUACGUUCUUUUUUAUAACGUUGUCGCAGAUGUGUAGCGCUCUAUGACCUUUGUUUCUAAGGAUUUUGUCAUUGCUUGUGCUGUGAACUUUUUGCUGCUUGUAUUUUCUACUGCACCUUAACCCUCCAUCCGUGCACUCGCCUUUUCCCGAUCCUAAAUUAUAGACAAUAUCGCCCCCUACUGGGUAAAUGAAGAAUCUGCAGCUAGUCUGUUAAAGCUGGAUGUACACUACACUCUCAGAAGAAGGGUGUUGUCACUUGAGUUGUCCUUUUGUCUUUACCUUCAAUACGCAUCUGCCACCUGGAAUCAUGGAUACAGUGUAUAUUUAAACAAGAUUUAAGGAACACUACAUGCACUACAGGUACACUAAAUGCACGUACAUACUGAAGGUAUGGUUGAUCUUAACACCCCAACGACAAGGAAGGGUUCAGAUUAGUGCUCGUUUUUUCCGAGUGUGUACACAAUUUGCACCUACAUUUUAGCCUUUUCAAGCAAGGGCACGGAUAAUCCAUCUUAAAAAUGUUUGCGUUAACCCUUCCGAUCUCGCUUCAGAUUAAUAGGAGGUCUUAAGAUAUUUUUGGAUUUUUUAGGACUGAAAACAUACACAGGUCAUGAAGUGUGAGAUACAUUUCAAUGUGAUAGAAUGACUGAUCACAGGAAAUGGCCAGUGACUGAGCUCAGAGAAGAAACACGGAAAAUGAAUAAAUGUAUAAACACUCUGUGUGUGUAGAGAAGCAUAGAGACAGUGGACGAGCUCCUCAAAGGCACAGAAAUGUCCAAUGAGAGGCUGUACAUCUUGCACCAUCUUUAUUUAUGUCCUGUGAUGACAGCAUUGUAUUGGUUUCCCAGAGAUUUGGGAUUCUGAGGACUUUACAUUGUGACAAAACUCAGAUAUUUGCCUGAUCAUGACUCUUUACAACAAAACCAUAAAUAUGCUACAGUUUAAUAAGUCGUGUAGUGUACGGUUAGGUUAAAGCAUCUCAGUACUGAUCUGGGAUCUGAUUUUGAGACAAUAAACUACACUGGUCCAGAAUCAACACUGAUAAGACGUUGAUGGCUGACGUGUGGCUCUACACUAAAAAAAAGCACUUUAAACGGGCCGUUAACAGUUUCAUCUCACUGUAAAAACACGUGAACAGUGACUUUCAGGCUGAGAUUAGUCUUAUUUUUGUCUGCAAAACUGACCCAAAGUGUUAAACGUUCGCCCAGACCAUGGCAUGUCUGACUGUAAAGCCCAACCAGAAUGUAUUAUGUGUUUUGUUUUGUUGUACUGUAUUUUGUUUUGAAGAUAAUCUGGGUAUGACUUCCUGCAGCCCUGUUUUAAAAAUAAGAGUCUUAAAGCCAAUGAAGGGACUAAUAUGAAAAUAAACAAAAAUGACUAAUAUGUGCUUGGUCCAAUAUGUAUAUAAUAAAAGUACAGUACAAUAAAUGUAUGAAUUGAAUUUAAUCUACAGUAGAUCUGUGUCUUACAAUAUAAUGAAACUAAUUUUAGUGUUAGGAAUGAACUGCAUGCAACACAAUGGGGACCUUAUUCAUCAAAGAUUUACAGAAACAAGCCUAGAGAAUGACGUACAAACAAAUCUAUGUACGAUUCAUUACACAGCUGUACAAACAGUGAUUCGAGCAAACGAUAAAUUUACACAAGCCCCGCCCACUAGUCUUUUAUUUACCUGUCAUAUUCAUAACACACGCCCUAAAUUACCUUCACAUCCGUCUAAUUUACAUAAAACACCAAAGGCUUAAAUUACCGAGUUGUAACAGUAAAAGCCAAUAAAAGGACAGCAUUCAUCAAUCUAUCCAUGAUCCCAGGAAAGAAGUAAACGGAAGAGGGGAAUAAUACAUUUCAGUUAGACUGAAAUACUGACACGCUCACAUUUACAUGCACUGUGACCGAAUGUGAGUUUGUUACUCAUUUGUGUAAGUUAGUUUUAUAAGGUUUGACUAUACACACUUUUGCUGAUUAAUGGCGGGUUUUAAGGAGCAGUCUGGCCAAAAGUGAAAUGUACAUACUGUUUAUCCUUACCUCAAAUGUAGCUGACCAACCAAGAUAUGUUUUGGUGUCUGAAAUUUGUUUGUUCUUUAAUUUUGCACUGGUGCUACGAGUGUAGUAAUGGAAGUAAUGGAAGUGUAUAACCUCCAGUUACAGCGUGCUAUGUUAUUACUUUAUUACUACAUAUGAGGUAAAGGAAAUCAUGUCCACUUGAUUUAAGGUGCAUUUUACAUAGAAAACUACAUAUCCAUGUAUGAUUUCCCAUAAUGGAACUGAUGUAAAGAUAACUUUCUGUAAUAGUUAUGUUGGUUUAUGAAUGUGGUCAAGCUUUGAAUUUGAUUUGAAAUGAAUAUUUUUGUUUGUUUGUUUUUUAAUCUUGUUAUUUAAGCUGUAAAGAAAUAAUCAAGUAUAUGUUGGAUGUGUGAAAGAGAAAAGCAAAUCUGCAUGUAUAUUAUCGGACAGUAGAGAAAGGAAGUGUCCUUUUUUUUUUCUUCUUGGUGCUUUCCUGUGCUGCUUCUUAUUGGCUGAAAGAUGUUCAUAGUAUAAUCUGAAUCUCAGCAUGUUGCAAAGAGUAACUGAGUGAUUAGGACCAGUUCAUUUUCACGACAUGCCUGGUUAAUUAGCAUGGUUACAUUUUGCAGUAUGAUGGCUGUAGAGACAUGAUCAUAAAGUUAGGUUUAUAUUGGAUUGAAAAUGAAAUGAUUCUAUAAUGUACUCUAGUAUAAUUCAUCUCUGUGUCUAUGUGAUAUCUUUGAUCUCAGCAGUCUAACAAUCCUAUAAUAGGAUGUAUGAGGAGAAGGACAGUGGUCCAUAUUUAUCAAGCACCUAAAACCACUGACCUGUGAUUAGUUUGGGUUUGGAGCAAUACAAAAAGAAAUGAAUUGAUGAACAGUCCAACCCUGAGAUGUUUGAUAAAUAUGGGUAAGUGGUUUUGAUUUUCAUGGUACAUGUUAAUUUUUAACAUUAUUGCAAUGCUCCAUUGUUGUAAUAAAUCUUUUUAGUAAACAGUGUGUCUGUGUGUGUAUGAGAGAGAGAGAGAGUGAGAGAGAGAAAAUUGAAGGUGCUAUAGAGCCUGUGGGAGGUAUUUUGUGCCAAAAAUCAAAUAAAAUAAAGAUUAAAAUGCAUAAAACCUCCAUUUGAUAUUUCUUUCCCGAUAUGUGUGCCCAAAAUGAAAAAAACAUCAUUUGUACUUUAAUUUUUUUUAGUGUCAAAAAUAAAAACAUCAUUUUGCCAUUU